CGCCCCGUGUGGGCCGGCCGGCUCCUCCUGUUUGUUUUUAGAGAGAGAGAGAGAGAGAGAGUAGUGCAGGAGUACAGUGUGAUUGCGGGCAUGGAACGGGUGGAUGGCCGCACACUUGCGCCUGCCUCCCUCAUCCAUCCGCAUCUCUCCCCUCUCUCUCUCUCCCCCCUAGCAAUCAACCCUAGUCUUAGCUUGGUUGACUCCUCCUACCUGGUUGGCAUAGCUUAUUAGCCUCUUCCUUCAGCCCCACUCUACCAGCUCCCGGCACAGCUCGUCGGCCGGUUGCUCCGAUAGCUCAGCUCAGUCGAUCAGCUACGCCUACCUCGGUUCUUGCUCACAAUAGCCGCCUCCAUGGUUCCACAUCAGCGAGCCUAGCAAGUUGCUGUACUUCUACUACUAGUCCCCGGCCUCAGGACUCAAGGAGAGAGGCGUCCCCACCGCGGCUGGGCGUGGGUAGUGCAACUGCUGCGAAUCUGCAAGUACCACCACCGCAUGCAGCAGCUGCCGUCAGGCCAGGCUCACAUGAUCGGAUCGCCCGUCCGCGAGAUCUGAUCCGUGUGUGUGUGUGUGUGUGUGUGUGUGUGUGUGUGUGUGUGUGUGUGUGUGUGUGUGUGUGUGUGUGGAGCUGAUCAGGAAUUCGGCGGCAGCUAGCUGGUUGGUUGGUUGAUCGAUCGAGGGGAGAGAAGAGAGGAUCGAGAUGAUGCUCAAGGAUUUCGCGGCAAUUCAGCAGCAGCAGCAGCAGCAGCAGCUGGCCCUGGCCGCCGACGAGAACAUGUCGAACCUCACCUCCGCCUCCGGCGACCAGACCAGCGUCUCCUCCCACCCCCUCCCGCCUCCUUCCAAGAAGAAGCGCAGCCUCCCGGGAAAUCCAGACCCUGACGCGGAGGUGAUCGCGCUGUCGCCGCGGGCGCUCAUGGCGACGAACCGCUACGUGUGCGAGAUCUGCGGCAAGGGGUUCCAGCGGGACCAGAACCUGCAGCUGCACCGGCGCGGCCACAACCUCCCCUGGAAGCUCAAGCAGCGGAACCCCAACGAGGUGGUGCGCAAGAAGGUGUACGUGUGCCCGGAGCCGGGCUGCGUCCACCACGACCGCUCCCGCGCGCUCGGCGAUCUCACCGGCAUCAAGAAGCACUUCAGCCGCAAGCACGGCGAGAAGAAGUGGAAGUGCGACAAGUGCGCCAAGCGCUACGCCGUGCAGUCCGACUGGAAGGCCCACUCCAAGGUCUGCGGCACCCGCGAGUACCGAUGCGACUGCGGCACGCUCUUCUCAAGGCGGGACAGCUUCAUCACGCACAGGGCCUUCUGCGACGCGCUGGCGGAGGAGAGCGCGAGGGCGGUGGCCGUGGAGGAGCAGCAGCAUCCGGGGAUGCUCUACUCGCACGGCGGCGGCGGCGCGGCGUUCCAGAUGCCCGCCGUGAUGGACCCGUCGAGCUCGCUCGGUGGCGGGCACGGGCUGAUCCAAGAACUGUGCCUCAAGCGGGAGCGGGAGCAGCAACAGCAGCAGCAGCAGUUCGUGCAGCCGUGGCUAUCGGAGCAGCAGCAGCUGGAGAUGGGCGGCGAGGGCGCCCAGGCCAUGUUCGGGACGGCCAGGAUGGAGCAGGAGUUCAACGCAAGCUCCACGCCGGAGAGCAGCACGCAGCCUGUGGGCAUGAGCUUCGCGUCAUUUCCCUCGUCGUCCGCGGCUCCCUCAGCGGCCGGGGCGACGGGCUCUUCUCACAUGUCGGCCACGGCGCUGCUCCAGAAGGCGGCGCAGAUGGGUGCAACGCUGAGCCGGCCGUCGGGCCAAGGCCAGAUGGCGGCGAGCACCUUCAGCAGCAGCAGCAGCAGCGCCGCCAUCACCAACGUCACCAACAAUGCACCUGCAGCCGCUACUAGUAGCAGCGCGGCGACAAGCACCGCCGUCGGCGUGGGAUUCGGGCACGCGUUCGAGGCGCCGGCUCACUUCGGGGUGGACCCGAGACCCACUGCCAGUCGUAACGCCGGCAAUGCCGGCGCCAGCGGCGGAGGUAGAGGCAAUGCCGGAGGCGCAAACGACGGCCUCACGAGGGACUUCCUGGGUCUGCGGGCCUUCUCCCACGGCGACAUACUCAGCAUGGCAGGCUUCGAUCCCUGCAUGCCCACGUCGGCCUCGGCAAGGGCGGCGUACGAUCAGCAAGGGCCCCAGAGCAGCAACCCAUGGCAUGGCUAGUAAUCAACCUCGCAAUCAGCUGGCUAAGCUCACCAUUGAUGAACCCAACCAUAUCCAAGUUGAUGAUUUGAUGCGGCGUGCAAUGGACUAAAACAUCAUCAAGCGUCCGGCAUUGCUCGAUCAUAUACCACUUCAAGGUUAAUCACACUGAUCAGUAAGUUGGAUUCAGCCUUCAGGUCGAUAAAGCAAAAUCAAGUUCUUUAA